GCGGCACCCUGCGCAGGCAGAGCUCCGGGAGAGCGGACACCCGGCGUCCCCACCCCGCCAUGGGACGCUCCCGGAGCCCAGGACCGCCGCCGCUGGUGGUCCUGCUACUGGUGCUGUCGCUGUGGCUGCCACUUGGAGCAGGAGAUUCCCUUCCCACAGAGAGCAGGCUUGUGAACAGCUGUAUCCAGGCUAGAAAGAAAUGCCAGUCUGAUCCCGCUUGCAAGGCUGCCUACCAUCAACUGGAGUCCUGCACCUCUAGUCUAGGCACCGAAUUGCCCUUAGAGGGGUCUUCCACAUCUGCAGACUGCCUAGAGGCAGCACAACAACUCAGGAACAGCUCUCUCAUGGGCUGCACGUGCCACCGGCGCAUGAAGCACCAAGCUACUUGUCUGAAUAUUUUCUGGACUGUUCACCCUGCCAGAAGCCUUGGUGACUAUGAGUUGGAUGUCUCCCCCUAUGAAGACACAGUGACCAGCAAACCCUGGAAAAUGAAUCUCAGCAAGCUGAGCAUGCUCAAACCAGACUCGGACCUCUGCCUCAAAUUUGCUAUGUUAUGUACUCUUAACGACAAGUGUGACCGCCUGCGCAAGGCCUACGGGGAGGCAUGCUCAGGGUUCCGCUGCCAGCGCCACCUCUGCCUCGCACAACUGCGCUCCUUCUUUGAGAAAGCUGCAGAGUCCCAUGCCCAGGCCCUGCUGCUAUGUCCUUGCAGUCCCGAAGAUGUGGGCUGUGGGGAGCGCCGGCGGAACACAAUCGCCCCCAGUUGCGCCCUUCCUUCUGAGGUCCCCAAUUGCCUGGACCUUCGGAGCUUCUGCCGUGCGGAUCCUCUGUGCAGAUCACGCCUGAUGGAUUUCCAGACCCACUGCCAUCCCAUGGACAUCCUCGGGACUUGUGCAACUGAACAGUCCCGAUGUCUGCGGGCAUACAUGGGGCUGAUUGGAACCGCCAUGACCCCAAACUUCAUCAGCAAGGUCAAUGCUAGUGUUGCCCUAAGCUGCACCUGCCGGGGCAGUGGUAACCUGCAGGAUGAAUGUGAACAGCUGGAAAGGUCCUUCUCCCACAACCCCUGCCUCACGGAGGCCAUCGCAGCUAAGAUGCGUUUUCACAGACAGCUUAUUUCCCAGGACCAGGUGGACUCUACUUUUUCUGUGAUGCAGCAGCAGACCCAUAGCCCUGCUAUAGGACCACAGCCCGGGCUACCUGUUCUUUCUUUCUUCGUACUUACCUUGUUUCUGCUUCAGACCCUCUGGUAGCUGGGCUUCCUCGGGGUCCUUUCUUCUUUC